AUGAAUUUUAUGCAAGACGAAACAGAACAGUUUGAAAAUGAACCGCCUGACGAAACCAACUUAUUGCCUGUUUAUGACAUCAUAAUUGUUGGCGCCGGCUCAGCAGGUUGCGUGCUAGCAAACAGGCUAACAGAAGUCCAUGACUGGAAAGUAUUGCUGAUCGAAGCUGGGAAGAACGAAAACUACGUUAUGGACGUGCCUAUUCUAGCAGGAUAUCUGCAGUUUACGUCUGCCAACUGGGGUUAUAAGACUAUGCCAUCAAACAAAUAUUGUGCGGGUUUCGAGAAUCAACAGUGUAACUGGCCUCGUGGUAAAGUGAUGGGAGGUUCAAGUGUACUAAAUUACAUGAUAUACACUAGGGGCACCAGACGAGAUUACAACAAGUGGGAAGCCAUGGGCAAUGAAGGUUGGGGAUGGGACGAUGUACUACCAUACUUCAAGAAAAUAGAAAACUACAAUAUACCAUCCUUCGACAACUCAGAAUAUCAUGGACAUGAUGGCUAUGUCAAUAUUGAAUAUGCUCCCUUCCGCACAAGCAAAGGCAAAGCGUGGGUCAAAGCAGCACAAGAAAUGGGAUUUAAAUACGGAGAUCAUAACGGAGCUGAACCUUCUGGAGUGUCCUUUCUUCAGUUAUCAAUGAAAAAUGGGACUCGUCAUAGUUCCAGCAGAGCUUACCUACAUCCAAUAAACGGAAGGAGUAAUCUACACGUCUCUAAAGACAGUUUAGUUACUAAGCUUAUAUUUGAUGAAACUAGAACCAAAGUGAUCGGAGUGAAAUUACAAAAACACGAUAGGAAAUAUAAAAUACUUGCAAGGAAAGAAGUGUUAUUAUCAGCUGGAACUAUUAACUCACCGCAAUUACUGAUGUUAUCCGGUAUCGGACCGAGAAGUCAUUUGGAGACAAUGAAGAUAAAUGUUGUGAAAGAUUUGCCUGUCGGAUACAAUUUAAUGGAUCAUAUUGCUGCAGGUGGCGUACAGUUUACAGUGGAUAAACAAAAUUCAAGUUUUUCAUCUGCAUCGAUAUUUAACAAUAUAGACUUAGUGCUCGAGUGGAUGUCAUCACAUAAAGGCCCCGUAUCUAUCCCUGGAGGAUGCGAGAGUCUUAUCUUCAUGAAUUUAAAUGAUAAGUUCAAUUCUAAAGCCUGGCCAGACAUGGAGCUACUCUUCAUUGCUGGUGGAUUGAAUUCAGAUCCGCUAUUACGAAAGAAUUUUGGUUUUGAUGAACAAAUAUUUUCUAAAACAUACGGACCUCUAGGUGAUUCAGAUACAUUUAUGAUUUUCCCUAUGCUAUUGCGUCCUAAAUCAAAGGGACGAAUAAUGCUUCGAAGUAAGAAUCCUAAAGAUUAUCCCGCAUUGAUUCCAAAUUACUUUGAAUACGCCGAAGAUUUGGAGAAAAUUGUAGAAGGUAUAAAAGUGGCAGUGGAAAUAUCAAAACAGCCGGCUAUGAGAAAAAUUGGCGCUCAAGUGUAUGAUGUCCCCAUUCAGGAUUGUUUGAAAUAUGGGCCGUUUGGGAGUGAUGCUUACUUCGCCUGUCAAGCACAGAUGUUUACCUUCACUAUAUACCAUCAGAGUGGAACUUGCAAAAUGGGAGUAGAGGAUGACCCGUCAGCUGUGGUGAGUCCAAGAUUAAAAGUGCAUGGUAUUGAGGGUCUCAGGGUAAUAGACGCGAGUGUUAUGCCUGAGAUAGUGUCCAGUCAUACGAAUGCACCGGUUUAUAUGAUCGCUGAGAAAGGAGCUGACAUGAUCAAGGAAGACUGGGGCAAAUUAUAA